AUGGUUGUGUUCUGUUCUGCGAGUGUCUUUUCUUUCCAAGCAAAACCAACACAUAGUAGUUUUUAGUAUUAUAUCAUUUCAUUUGCUAAGCAGAGUCAUUGUUUGCAAGUGCUAAGCAUGGCAAUCUUCUACAGAGUGAGGUCACUGAAUUAUGUUUCCAAAUGCUUUUCCUCAAUCAACGCUCUUUAUCUUCAGUCUCCAAUACGCAGAUUUUAUUCAGAACAAGCCACGUCUCAUUUUGAGAGUGUUGGGUUUGUAGGACUGGGAAAUAUGGGAUCCAGAAUGGCAAAUAAUCUAAUUAAGGCUGGAUACCGAGUAGCUGUUCAUGACAUAAACUGCAAUGCUAUGAAGAAGUUCUCUGACAUGGGAGUUGAAACAAAAGAAACCCCUUUAGAAGUUGCAGAAGCUAGUGAUGUUGUAAUCACAAUGCUGCCUUCCUCAUCUCAUGUAUAUGAUGUUUAUACUGGACCUAAUGGCUUGCUUCAUGGAGGGGAAUUGCGACCAUGGUUAUUAAUAGAUUCAUCUACUAUCGAUCCGCAAACAUCGAGAAAGCUUUCUCUUGCUGUGUCUAACUGUACUUUGAAGGAGAAAAGAGAUUAUGCGAAGAAGCCUGCCAUGUUGGAUGCUCCUGUAUCUGGAGGUGUUCUUGCUGCAGAAGCUGGGACUCUUACUUUCAUGGUUGGUGGCUCUGAGGAAGCUUAUCUAGCUGCAAAAUCUUUAUUCCUUUCAAUAGGCAAGAACACAGUUUUUUGUGGUGGACCAGGAAAUGGUUCAGCAGCAAAGAUCUGCAAUAAUUUGGCAAUGGCUAUUAGUAUGCUUGGUGUCUCAGAAUCGGUUGCCCUUGGCCAGUCUCUGGGAAUUUCCGCCAGUACUUUGACAAGAGUACUCAACUCUUCCAGUGGUCGCUGUUGGAGUAGUGAUAGUUAUAAUCCAGUUCCUGGAGUGAUGGAAGGGGUGCCCUCUUCGAGGAACUAUGAUGGUGGGUUCGCAUCAAAACUUAUGGCUAAAGAUCUAAACCUUGGUGCAACAUCAGCCAAAGAGGUUGGCCUUAAAUGCCCAUUGACAUCCCAAGCACAAGAGAUAUACACAGAGCUUUGUGAGGAUGGUCAUGAAACCGAAGACUUCUCGUGCGUUUUCCGUCAUUAUUACUCGGGAAAGAAUGAGACUUAGUCUGUAAAUGUCCAAAUAUUGAGAAACUGAAAUAAUAUUGAUGUUUUCAUGCCUUGAAA